UUUUUUUUGCGCCGACUCAGUUCUGCAGCUAGAACAAGAAGAAGCUUGUCGGUGGUGCCUGCUGGACUUGCACAUCUUGUUUGAUCGUUUAUUUGUUCGCGUUUGCGCCCCUCUCGACUUCGAACCGAGGUGUGUGUAUAUACCACACCGCACGGUAAACUCUGUUCUGUUGGUUUCUCAAACUCGAAUCGGAGCAUCUGCCGCUUACCAUCAGCUCAGACUCAGAAAAAAUGCCAAUGGCUUGUGUUCCGGACGUCAUCCAAAAGACGACGACUCCAUCUCUCGCUCCAGUCAUUCUUGCUGCGAAUGCGACCUCUCAGUGGUAUGCCAACCACAGACAUAGACAAUGGAUGAAGAAUCCCGGAGCCAGAUUCAAGCCAACAUCCUCCAGCUGCCAUUUUGGCCGACGUGGUGACUCUUAUUCAUCCCUGAAGCUUGAAGUAUCUUCAAGAGAUGCGGAACUUCAGCGUAAACCUGUCUCGCGAUCUUCGGUUGCUCCGGCAUCAUUUUUUGGGACUGGAAGGGACGAAAGUGAAGGGCCACGUAAAGUUGUCCUCGUGAAGCUGCGAAAGCGCUGCUGCCCAAGGGCGUACAUGGACUUCCCAUACAGAAUCCCCUAUCCGGAGGUCACGAAGAAGCCAGAGUGGUGGUGGAGGACUUUGGCAUGCGUCCCUUACUUGAUGGCUCUGCAGUUAUCGGACGCCGCCUUCUUUUUCCAGCCUCUGAUGGAGCGCUAUGAACAGUUUGAAUUCUUGAGUUACUAUAUCCCGGGAGCGAUUAGGAGGCUCCCGAGCUGGUUCUUGAUGGUCUAUUGUUUUGCUCUCUACGUCGGAGUCGUGAGGAAUAAGCAGUGGCCCCACUUCUUCAGGUACCAUGUGAUGAUGGGGCUGUUGUUGGAGAAUGUGUUGCAGAUAGUGUGGCAUGUGAGCAACUUCAUGCCGCUGAUAAACUACCAGGGGACGUUCGGGAUGCAGUACUGGGCAAUGGUGGGUUUCACCUACAUCAUUCUCUUGCUGGAGUGCGUGAGAAGUGCCCUUGCCGGCAUGUACGUGAGCAUCCCUUUCAUUAGCGAUGCUGCGUACCUGCAUACCCCAUACACUAGAGGAGAUUCAUGAUUUGGUAUACUCGGACACAAAGCAAGGCUAGCUGAAGAAUCGUGGAAGCUAUUGUUCAUAUGUUCAUAAUUCAUAUACAUGAGCUAUUAUUCAUAGGUUCUCUAUUCGGUUUCUUGAUAGAUAUCAGUUGAUUCUAGCUUUCUGUUAUCCAUUCUACGUGUCGUUUCCAGUGGAAGAGUAAUUACUAUCCUGUAAACUAUAGAGUUCAUCCCGAAUGCGGUACCUUGCCUUCAUAAAAAUAGGAUAGACAGUUCAAUUGAUAUUUACUGGAGAUACAGAGUAUGUCGUCCUUGUGGCCAUCCUUGAGUUAUUCGGUUAAUAAAACACGACAUAGCAGCCAUAUUUAUACGUCUCUCCUGAUCUUCCUUGUGCUUGUAUGUACAUAUCUGACAUGGCAAUGAAUCUGUUAAGAGAGGGAAAGGGGAAGUUGAGUGCAUCUUCAACCUUGGAAAUGACCGUGUUCACUGCGGCUUUGGCUGCUGCUGCUAAUGUCGAUCUUCUCCCGGU